GAUCCCGAUCUGAGCGGGAUGGACGGAUGACAGAUCCCGAGCGGGAUGGAUGGGUGACAGCUAGGAGUGAGCGAGAUUAAUCUGCACUAGAGUGACGGGAAGAUAAAAGUGUGCAAAUCGGCAAAUCAAUCGGGCAGGUAGGUACAGGGGGAGCAAGCGGAGAAUGGUCGGGGUCACAAGCCAGGUUCAGCAGGUAGCGGGCAGAGUGGUACAGAGGGUCAGGCAGAGGGAUGGUCAGGAACGAGCCGGGGUCAGAGCAGGAGAAGUCAGC